CACAGUGGAACACGUGUGAGAUGGCAUUUUAGUUAGCCUAGUUGAGAAUACGUUUAAAUCUCUUUGGACGUUGAUCUAUCGCAAACAAGGAGUCUGACUAACAGAUACAGGAUGUUUAAGAGAGCGACGAAGAAGCUGGUCCAACAGAUAGAUCCUGAGGGGGCUCUGAUUGCGGCUUCCAGCCCAAGUGAUUCCCAAAACCUCCAGCCGCUUGCCGUGGUGCUGAAAAUCCCGAAAGGGUGGUUCUGGCAGCAAACUAAAUACAGACCCACACCCUUCACUCUCAAUCACCUGCUGAAUGGGAAAGCAAUUGAACCAGCGUGUGUGGAGAAAGAGUUUGUAAAGUAUAAUGGGAUAUACAAAAAGUCCAGAGAUGGAUCUGUAGAGAUGGGAGCUGCAGCUGUCAACCUAAAUUUCAAUGGACAGGACAAAACAAAACUUUGUUUAUCUCUCGGGAAACUACAGACGGAAUACGUGAAUAUUCCAGAGCUAACGAAAGAGUCCAAAGGACGGAAAUUGGACCUCACACACUCUUUGAUCCAGCAGUCUCUAAAAAGGAACAAGGGUUUUACCCUCCUUAUAGAGCGAAUCUUCACCACCUGCAACGGCUCGAUUUUUUGUACCGAACUGGGGAAGGGUGGCUGCAAUUCUAUGUUUGGAGGACAUUGUUUUGAGAUGUGCAUGGAAAGCAGCGCUAAACUACAGUAUGGCUCUGAGACUACAUUAGACAUCCCACCGGACACUGUGAUUGCUUACAGUGUCACUGAAAUGACCAUCGAAAGUGACGGCUAUUUUGAUUUGUGUCUUACGUCUCGUGGACUAGAAGCAGAUGACACUUCCUGCAAUCACUCAUCGCUUUUUUCAGAGGUGGAUGGUCAACAGCCACUGAUCCAAGAAGGUUUCCCACUUCAUACCCUGAAAAAUGCACUCGCAGAUGUUCAGACUAACUUUUGUGAGCUGGAUGACUUGUCUACUGAAAGCCGUUCCUCCAUCCUGCUCCUGUUGAGGAAAAUUCUGUUGGACCGAUCUGUCUUGUCAGCUUUGGGUGAUAUGUUGAGCAGUGAUGAAACUCCAUGCUUCCUAACCAGCGAGCUGUCUGAAAAUCAGAGCCAGAUUAUUGGUGCGUUUUUAGAUUUACUAAAGUGUGAACCGCUUGACAAGAAUGGACUUUCCACAUCAACGCCAUUGUCCAGUUAUAAUGGAUGUCGGAUAUCAACGGCCAAUCACAGUGAUAUUUCCUUGACAUCUGAGUUAAAUGGAUCAAGCCGCAAACCAGAAGAACAGAAUGGUCAUCACACGGUGGUAUCCCAUCAGAACGGAUGCUCAACAAAAGCAAGCAAGCAGAGCAUGGAGCCUAUGCAUGCCAUUCAAAUGCUUAUCAGUGCUCUUGAAGAGCUGACUGAUGCUGGACUGAAUCUUCUAGAACCGUUCUGCACUUCUGAAAGUCUCAAAAGUCUACAGGAUUUAGUAAUUCAUCUGACUUCUAACUGCAAGGACGCCAUCCCUGUUUUCCUACAAAGUGACGAUGAAUUCCACAGAGUGGAGGCACUUUUUAAGUCAUGUAAUGUUUUACUAAGGAAAGAGAAUGACACACUAACCUCAGAAAUUACAUGCGGAGAGGGAUUCCUUCCUAUUGUACUGUGCAUUGCCAUCCAUGGCCUUGCUUCCCUCAGUAAUGCAUGACAUUGUUAGUGCUUUUUCUGAUGGCUUAAAUGGCCUAUUAAUUUGUGAAGUGUGUGUUUUUCCUGAUUACUUAAGACAUAUUUGUAAUACAGAGAUUACACACUUCAGUUUUAAUGAAGACAUUUGCUUUCUUACAUCAACCCACUUUAUUAAUUCCAUAAUAAUAAUCCAAAACAAAUAUAUCUCCAACAAUGCACCUUUAAUCAAACACUUUUCAUUAUAUAUAAGCACUUACAUUAUAACUAUUUGCACUUUUCAUUUAUUUAAAGUAAAACAACCACAUUGCAUGUUUAAAAUUUAUUUACAUUUAUUUAAAGUGAAAUUGGGUAAGACUCAUUCAAAAAACCUUUAUAUUAUUUUAUUUUAUCUUAACAGUUAUCUCUGAAAUAGUUUUUCCUUUGUUUAAUUUAGUCUUUAUUUUUGUUAGUUUAUCAGAUCUUUUAUAAUAUUAAUAAUACAUUUUGUAAAAAACUUUUUUUUUAUUCCUGUAAAUAUUUUUGGCAUUAUGUAUCUCUACAGAUAAAGAGCACAUGCAUAUAUUUUUCUCCAAAAAGCUUCUAUUUUAUUGUAUCAUACACUUUUGCUAUUAAUAAACGGAAAAGAGAAAUAAAGAGUAACAAUGGUCAGCAUGUUUAAUGUCAGCCUUGUUGUUGAGACAAAAAUACAUUUGGCAGAGAUUUUUUGACAUUCUGGAAAGCUGAUGAGAAAGAAAAAAAAAACAUGAAACAGAUGAAAAUCAACAGGCCUAUUUGUUCGGUUCCUUAAAUUAAAAAACUUUAAAGAAAAUGACAGGAUCGUAAUAAGACACAGACACAAUGUGCAGCCCAAUGUUUUACAAGACAAAAUUGAUGAAUGAAAUUGUACAAAACACACUAUAAAUAAAACAAACUGCACAUAUUGAUAUGGACUUUUGCAUAAAAGAUUCAAUACAUCUCUUAGAUAUGAGGACAAGCGAACAAAUGGUUAAGAGAUCAGGGUCUAUGUAAACAGUUUUAUGGUUCAUGGUUUUAGGAUCUAAAAUGUUCCACAUAUAGUAAGCCCUUGGCCUGCUACACUCAGGUUAGUCCGUCAUUUGAGUAUAAAUCAAAACAUCACAGUAGGUUCAGGAACUACAAAAUGAAGGAGGAACACAUGUAAAAAUAACAAUAAUAAAUUAAAAAAUAUGGCCUCUGAUUCGCCAAGGCCGGUUUUAGUUUUCCUCGUUUUUCUUCCAACUCCAAAGUUACAAAUAGAAAGAUUUUCAUUAAAAACAUAGAAAUACUAAAAUAAAUAAGUACUCUUCCCUUUCA